AGGGUUUGGAAAGGACUUAGAACCCGUCUCCCAGGGACUCACUCUGCUCGCAGGAAGCAAGCAAAGGCGGAGUGAAGGGCUGGGUGCCAGGGGCUGGAGGGCAAAUCCGACCCCACCUGGGCUCCAGGGUGAACCAAGGUCACGAGGACAUCGGCCCUGGCCUCGCGCCGGCCCACACGUGCUCGGCCCCCUGCAGCAGGUGGCCUGCCCGCAGCGGGGCUGCCGGGCGGGAGCCGGAGCGCGGAGGAGACACCUGGACCCCCGCCCGGUUCCGAGCAAGGGAGUCGCGGUGAACGCCCCGGCCCGCCCCGGCCAGCGGGGGCGGCUAGGCGGCCGGACGUGCGGGCGCGAGGAGUGGCGGACACCUGGGCGCUGCCCGGGGGCGGCGCUAGGACCCGGGCGGCGCACCUGUUGGCCGGCGUCGCGGCCCCGCCCGGCCUCCGCCCCCGGACCCGACCCGACCCGCCGCGCCGAGUCUGAGGGCCGGCGGGGCUGUCGCGCGGCGGGUGCACCAUGGCCGAGCUGCUGCGGAACCUUCAGGAUUCCCGGCUCGUCGCCCGCUUCCAGCGCCGCUGCGGGCUCUUCCCAGCGCCGGAUGAAGGCCCCCGCGAGAAGGGCGCGGCGCGGCCGCCCGGAGCCGAGCAUCUCUCGGCGGCCCACGGCCCGGGCGGCGGGGCCCCGGCCAAUGGGCUGCAGAGAGUCGCCGCCCCGCAGACGUAUGUACAGAAGUACAUUGUGAAGAAUUACUUCUACUAUUACCUAUUCAGAUUUUCAGCUGCUUUGGGUCAAGAAGAGUUCUACAUCACGUUUCUUCCGUUCACUCACUGGAAUAUCAAUCCCUAUUUAUCCAGAAGACUGAUCGUCAUAUGGGUUUUGGUGAUGUAUAUUGGCCAGGUGGCCAAGGACAUCCUAAAGUGGCCCCGCCCCUUUUCCCCUCCCGUCGUGAGACUCGAGAAGAGAGUGAUGGCGGAGUAUGGGAUGCCGUCUACCCACGCCAUGGCGGCCACCGCCAUUUCCUUCACUUUCCUCAUCUCUACCAUGGACACAUACCAGUAUCCCUUUGUUCUGGGCCUGAUGGUGGCUGCAGUGUUUUCCACCUUGGUGUGUCUCAGCAGACUCUACACAGGGAUGCACACAGUCCUGGAUGUGCUGGCCGGCAUUCUGUUCACUGCGGUCCUCAUUGCCCUCACCUACCCCGCGUGGACCCUUAUCGAUUGCCUGGAUUCGGCCAGCCCUCUCUUCCCCGUGUGUGCCAUAGUGGUACCAUUCAUCUUGUGUUACAACUACCCCACGUCUGAGUACUACAGCCCAACCAGAGCGGACACCACCACCAUCCUGGCCGCCGGGGCUGGGGUGACCAUAGGAUUCUGGAUCAACCAUUUUUUCCAGCUUGUGUCUGAGCCCACCGAGUCUCUCCCUGGGAUAUAUAGCAUCCCACCGCUCACCACUGACAUGCUGGGUUUGGGUCUGGCCAAAUUUAGUGUGGGAAUUGUGUUGACCAUCCUGGUUCGUCAACUUGUACAAAAUCUCUCGCUGCAAGUAUUAUUCUCGUGGUUCAAGGUGGUCACCCGGAACAAGGAGGCCAGGCGGAGACUGGAGAUUGAAGUGCCUUACAAGUUCGUCACAUACACAUCUGUUGGCAUCUGUGCCACAACCUUUGUGCCAAUGCUACACAGGUUUUUGGGAUUGCUCUGAGCCUCAGACAGUAGGGAAUUAGCCCACUGGACGUAAGGGCCAAGACACAGGAUUGUUGCAUGGGUGAGACUUGGCAACACAUUUCUCUUAGAAAAAUCCUGUUACAUGUCUUUUCCUGAUACCCGAGAGAAUGCCGCUGCUGCAUAAAAGGCAAUACUGUGUCAUAGGGACCGUUAGUCUGAGGGCCGUGCUGCAGUUGAAGCCAGGCUAAACCGAGGGACAAGUUUUUUUAAGGGUCUCCCCCACCGUCCGGUACACGGCCCGUGGACACAGUCACGCGCCGGCUUAUGAGCAGCUGCUGCCCCCACUGGGUUCUGCAGAGCCAAAGAUGGGCAGGAUGGGGCAGGCCUAAGGUCAAGCGCUUCUUUUCAGUCACGCCCUUGACCUGCACUGAAUCUCAUUUCCAGAGCUGUAAUUUUGGUCGAGGAGAAAGGGUGGCCUCCAGUAAAACUGCCUUCCCCGGACGGGGUGGCUUUCUCGUCCUACUGGCACGUCAGACCACCUGCUCGGGCGACAAGGCCAACAGGCAGUCCCCGCUCCCAGGGAGGCUGGCAGAGGCGGGCCAGACCCGAGGGCGCUGCCGGGGUGCCGCUCUCCCUGCCCCAAGGCUGGUGCAUCCAGGCCCCGUCUGCGCCCCUCCUGCGCAUGAAUCCCGCUCUCCCUGACCAACCCUUCUGCUGCCUUCCCGGGGUGUCCCGCCUUCUCCGGCCCAGACGUGGGACAAGCCCUCUGCCCAUCUCCAGCCUUUUCUGCUUCCUUACCAACGGGAAGGUGCUGUCGUCUGGUCCCCCUGCGAAAGUGGGUCGAUAGAAAUGGGUGGACUUACUCCUUCCUGGGCCGAGGAGGGCGCACGUCCCAGACGGACAUUGCCCGGUCCUGCCAGGGCCUGCCUGACCUUGUCCUCCGCUUCUCAGUUACUUUCUGUGCAUCUAUUUUUCUCAUCUACUAAAUAGAAUCGGGGUCUCCCUUCCCAUCUGUCCACUUCGUAUCUCGGCAAUUUUAAGGAUAAUGUUAGGCAGAAACAGUGUCAGCCUCCCUUGAGAAAGCGAGGCACCCCAACACCACACCCUUUACACCUCGGGCCUGUCCUCAGGAGCCCCAGGAAGGCGAUCAUCACACGAACACCAGAGGGCUAAGGAACAGGUAUUAACAAUUUCCUUAAAAACUAGUAUGUAGUUAACACAGUAUCUUUUUGCAGUGCAGCCUGGAACCUCUGAAGCCAGUGAGUUACAGAACUCUUUACCACGCACACUUUGGGGGAAAAAUUAGCCUGCCUAGAGGCUCUUACCCCUGCAUCCAGUAGGAAAACUGAGCACCCCGUUUGUUCUGAUUUCAAAUCUGUACCCUGGCCUUUUUGUUGGGAUGAUCUUUGGUAUUUGACUUAAUUCUCCAGUUUCUUGAAUAAUUUUUAGUCAAACAUCUUGUUUUUCUUUGGAAUUCUUCUGACAUUUUUCAUAGUUAGGAGGCAGGGAUCAAAAUGACCUGCCAUUUGACUGUAUGUCAUACUCUGACCAGUAUUUGUAGCAGCUUAUGAUGAGGGGAUGUGCAGGGAGGUAUUUUCCUGUAGCUCUGCCCACCCCCUGCACCCCUGAAAACCAGAGAUCAGAGAUUGUAGCACUGGGUGAUAUUUACACCAAAAGAUUUUAGUUGUUUUUUUCUGAAGCCAACCAGGAAAAGAAUCAGCUUUUAAUACAUAUUUUUGAAAAGAGAAGCUGUAAUUAUUAUCACAGCAGACGGUGUACAGUGUUGGUGAUUCAUUGGUGUGUGUGUGUGUAGGUUUUACUGCUGUCCCUUAUCUGUCCCAACAGCGGGGCUGCAAUGAGCUGUACUGAUGUAUUUAAGGCUGUGUUUACACAGUUUGGAUGGAGGAUGAAUGUAUUAGCCCUUGCAACAUUAAAGAAUGACCCAAGGGUUUAUCAUGGUUGAUCACUUUUUAAAGUAUCUUCUUAUAGCAAAAGUAUAUGUUGGUGAGGCCAAGCUUAGUUUUUGAGCACUUGUGCUUUGAGGCCAAGAAUCAGGCAGCAACUGAUUGGAAAAAGUUGUUACCUGACUCACACUCGUGCUUUGCCAGCUGUCUUCUCCGUUACUGACCCAGCACCGCACUGUUAGAUCUCACCCCGGCCCCUUCAGGCUCACACGCACACCUCACUGCCUCUUCGCCUCCGUUCGGACAUUUGGAUUUUCUCUCUGGUGAAAUACUGCCCCCUACUGGACCAGCCUCAGCCUUGCUCCAAAGCCUCUCUCCCGAGGAGGAACCUUGGAGACGAGGAAUUUGUAAAAGUCAGGCUCUCGUGAUGUAUCCAACAUAAAUCCAGGACCUGAGGUCUGGCCAAACCUGCCCCUGGGAAACUGACCGCACGGCCCUCAGGGCGCCUGGCCCCGCCAGGAGCCAAGUCGGACGACGGGGACAUGUGCUUUAACUAACGGUCCUCACCCUGCCCCCAGCCCACUAUCCCUCUGGGGCAGGACACCCACCCAGUAAACAGCUGUCAUCUCAGGCCGGUUCAGCUCAGACUCACACUGUAACAGAAUGUGCAGGAGAAAGCGCAGAGGCUACCCGGGCCUAAAAACCCUUACGUGGUGGCUGAAAUCACUCCACCUCAUGCCCAGUCACACUGUAACGUGGGAUUCCCUCGCUCAAAUAGGUAACAUGUGCUUCUUGAUGCAGUGAAAACGUGGGGUUUCAAGGCCAUGUGGCCCAGGUUUCUAUGCUGGAAACUUUCAGCUGUCUUGCUAAUGUAUCAUAUGUAAAUUUACUUUUUGUUUUUUAAAUCAUUUUUGUUUAUGACUCCUUAUUAUGCGCUUUGAAAGCCAGUGUUCUGUUUCUUCGGAUCCUUUUUUCUUCUAAACCUUGUUCUCAGGGUUUGCUGUACCUGAAUUGAGAAAAGGUGACACGAAUAAAUGGCAAGUGUAUGAUUCUCUA